GCCUUUGGGGCUCGGCGAGACUAACUGCCCGGCGGAAAACCUGGCUGCCGAGCCCCGCCUUCCAGCGCCGGGCGGUUCCCUAGGGCACUGAACUGAGCUCUUGACUGGCAUCAACUCUAAAUCCUCAGAACAUCCCAGGGAGCGCCACAGGGUCCCCUGUCCUGAGCCAUGAGUGAGCUGGAGGACUGCCCCUCGCAGGUCCACGACUUCCAGUCUGUGGACCACCUGAAAGUCUGUCCCCUCUACACAGCGGUGUUGGCGCGCUCUGAGGAUGACGGCAUCGGCAUCGAGGAGCUGGACACCCUGCAGCUGGAGCUUGAGACCCUGCUCUCCUCUGCCAGCCGGCGCCUGCGGGUGCUUGAGGCUGAAACCCAGAUCCUCACUGACUGGCAGGAUAAGAAAGGUGACCGACGAUUCCUGAAGCUGGGUCGAGACCAUGAGCUUGGAGAUCCCCCCAAACAUGGGAAGCCCAAGAAGCAGAAACUGGAAGGGAAGGCGGGACAUGGGCCUGGCCCUGGCCCUGGGCGACCCAAAUCCAAAAACCUUCAGCCCAAGAUCCAGGAAUAUGAAUUCACUGAUGACCCAAUUGAUGUGCCACGUAUCCCCAAGAAUGACACCCCCAACAGAUUCUGGGCUUCGGUGGAGCCGUACUGUGCUGAUAUCACCAGUGAGGAAGUGCGCACGCUAGAGGAGCUACUGAAACCCCCAGAAGAUGAGGCUGAACAUUACAAGAUUCCGCCCCUGGGGAAGCACUACUCCCAGCGCUGGGCACAGGAGGACCUGCUGGAGGAGCAGAAGGACGGGGCCCGGGCAGCAGCCGUGGCUGACAAGAAGAAAGGCCUCAUGGGGCCCCUGACCAAACUGGACACUAAAGAUGUGGAUGCCCUGCUGAAGAAGUCUGAGGCCCAGCAUGAGCAGCCAGAAGACGGGUGUCCCUUUGGUGCCCUGACACAGCGCCUACUGCAGGCCUUGGUGGAGGAAAAUAUUAUUUCCCCCAUGGAGGACUCUCCUAUUCCAGACAUGUCUGGGAAAGAAUCGGGGGCGGAUGGGGCAAGCACCUCUCCCCGCAAUCAGAACAAGCCCUUCAGCGUGCCUCAUACUAAGUCCCUGGAGAGCCGCAUCAAGGAGGAGCUGAUCGCCCAGGGCCUGCUGGAAUCUGAGGACCGCCUCGCAGAGGACUCGGAGGACGAGGUUCUGGCGGAGCUGCGCAAGCGGCAGGCUGAGCUGAAGGCGCUCAGUGCCCACAACCGCACCAAGAAGCACGACCUGCUGAGGGCCUCUGAAGACCUGAGGAGCUUUGAAAAAAAAAAAGUCAUUGCUGGGCACCACCUCACUGGUUAUAUCUCAGACAUUCUAAUUCCGCUGACUAGAGCUGAGGCAUCUGUGAGUUAUUUAUUUACCUCAAACUGGUAAAAAACAAUACAAAA